ACCUAGUUAGUUGGAGAACUGGGGUCGUGACAGGUGAUUAGCCUUUUAUACCCAGACUCGGUCUUUAAAUCACGUUCAGUUUGUUUAUUACUGGUUGUCAGAGAACGAAAUAUCGAAUCAACUGGCGAAACAUAUCAUUUGUGAAGCUUGGUUCUGAGGGGAAGAGGUUCGCACGUCAUUUGCCACCUUCACCGUAUUUCAAUCCUGUGUUCCGUUAAUCGCGCAGCCGUUUAAGAUGACGUCCAGAAAAGUCGGGAUCUGCAAAAACGUACUGGUCGGUGGAGCAAUAUUUGCCAUGUUCGGCUGGCUAGCAUUGCUCAGUGUCAAUCAGAGUCAUAUUCUGAAGAAGGAUAACGUGAAGUUGGCAGAUGUUCUAGGCCUUGGAAGACAGAAGCGAGAGUCAGGCGGUUCCAGUUCAUCGUCCAGUCUUGGUGGCGCCACCUACAUCCGGUGGGGUAGAACAACAUGCCCAGCUGAUGCUGAACUUGUGUACUCUGGCUAUGCCGGGGGUCAACUCUCCACUUACACCGGUGGUGGUGCUGGCUACGUCUGUCUGACUGACAAACCAAAAUAUGCCACUUACACAGCCGCUGGAGAUACUGGUGGGUAUAUUUACGGAGUGGAACUUAGACUGACUGGGAGUAUAUUCAACACAGCUAACGCUAAACCAAACGCCUUGCAGUACUCGGACGUAAAGUGCGCAGUUUGUCAAAGUACAAGACCGGCCAAGAUCAUGAUACCUGGCACGAAAGAAUGUGUUCCCGGUUGGACCAUGGAGUACUGGGGAUAUCUGAUGUCUGAGCAGUACACCAACAAGGGAAGGACAGAGUUUGCAUGCGUGGACAACGCCCCUGAAUCUGGUAGCGAAGGUGGCGCCAAGAGUGAGGGUGGCGCAUUGAUGUACCAUGUUCAAGGUUCAUGCGGUUCACUGCCGUGUAAGCCGUAUGUGCAAAGUUAUGAACUAACAUGCGUCGUUUGCACGAAAUAGUAUCACACAGGUUAUGGUGAUGCCGGUGUAGAAGUAGAAAAUGUCCCCCUGGAAGGCGUGUCCGGCACUAUUGUAAUCUGACGGAUGAUGGUAUGGUUAUAUUGAGGCCAAGAGUGUCAAUAGCUUUAGCUUAAAGCGAAUAAUAGAAUCAAUUGAUCCCAGACAAUCCAGGGUAUUUCAAACUUCUGCACUGGUUAGGAAUCAUCUCGAAGAACAUAUAAGAACAAGGAAUCGUUCUUUCUUUUAAACCUUUUUUAGGCCGGGGGGGGGGGGUUAUUGCAACGAAUGCCAUCGAGCAUUUUGAAGGUAUGAACCUAUUCUGGGACUUAAAUAGGCGGAGCUUAUAAAUGUUAAAUGAAUGACAUACAGUUUUGCAAACUGUCCUUUAUUAUAUGUCCUUCAGUCCUUGUUAUUAUGAUGUACAACACAGAUACAUACUCCAGUUUCAAUGACCUAAGGCCGGUUCGAAACCAAGGACAUUUUCUUUGUGACCAUUCGAUGCCAUUCAAAAUGUUAAUUCGAACAACACCUAGACAACAGACAAUUUAGACAACACUUGAAGUCGUCCGAUGCUCAUGACGUUAUGUUCCUACCUAACCUUUAUUUCCAUUUGAUUAUUGUAAUUGAUCAACAGGUCUUAUAUCAGUGAAGUUAGAGUUAAAGUGCUUGAAUAGAAAGUAGCUGCAAAAAUCACCUGGUCAAUUACACACUUUAGUGUAUCAUAUUACAUGAGAAUGACUUUUCUUUCAUUGUUGUAAAGAAUCAAAAUACACUGUAUGCAUUAUUGUUAACCAUAUCAACUGUAGUCACUUAGAAAAAUAAAGAAUAACCUCACUACUACGA